CGUAGCCGAGCGUGCGCCUGCGCAGUGGGGUGCUGGCGCUUCCUGGCUCUGCGCGGCCUCUGGCGUCCGCGCUGCGGGCCGUGGGGCCGCGCUGCCCCCGCCGGGGCUCGGGGCCGGGCCCGGGCCCGCCCCUGCGCGGCCGCCAUGCCGCCGGCGGCCGCUCCCAUGAUCAGCUCUGUGCAGAAGCUGGUGCUUUACGAGACCCGGGCUCGGUAUUUUCUUGUUGGAAGUAAUCCUGCAGAAACUAAGUAUCGUGUUUUGAAAAUAGAUCGCACUGAACCAAAGGAUUUGGUUAUAAUUGAUGAUAAACAUGUGUAUACACAACAAGAGGUGAGGGAACUUCUUGGCCGCUUAGAUCUGGGGAACAGAACAAAAAUUGGGCAGAAGGGUUCUUCUGGGUUAUCUCGAGCUGUCUCUGCUUUUGGUGUAGUAGGUUUUGUCAGGUUUUUAGAAGGCUACUAUAUUGUGUUAAUAACAAAAAGGAGAAAGAUGGCAGAUAUUGGAGGACAUGCAAUAUAUAAAAUAGAAGAUACAAAUAUGAUCUACAUUCCAAAUGACUCUGUAAGAGUCACUCAUCCGGAUGAAGCCAGGUAUCUGAGAAUCUUUCAAAAUGUGGACCUUUCUAGCAACUUCUAUUUUAGUUACAGCUAUGAUCUGUCCCACUCCCUUCAGUAUAAUCUUACUGUUCUGAGAAUGCCCCUUGAGAUACUAAAAACUGAAACAACUCAGGGUCGCCAAGAGAGUUUUGAUAUAUUUGAAGAUGAAGGACUUUCAACGCAGGGUGGAAGUGGUGUAUUUGGGAUUUGCAGUAAGCCUUAUGAAAAGUAUGUGUGGAAUGCCAAGCUUCUGGAGGCAGUAAAAAGUACUGUUCACCGCGAUUGGCUGCUGUAUAUUAUUCAUGGUUUCUGUGGGCAAUCAAAAUUGCUGAUUUAUGGUCGCCCAAUAUAUGUCACUUUGAUAGCCAGAAGAUCAAGCAAAUUUGCUGGAACACGUUUUCUGAAACGAGGGGCAAACUGUGAGGGGGAUGUUGCUAAUGAAGUAGAAACUGAACAAAUACUUUAUGAUGCUUCAGUUAUGUCAUUUUCUGCGGGGAGCUAUUCUUCCUAUGUUCAGGUUCGAGGAUCGGUCCCCCUGUACUGGUCUCAAGAUAUUUCAACUAUGAUGCCUAAGCCACCCAUAACAUUGGACCAGGCAGAUCCUUUUGCACAUGUUGCUGCUCUUCACUUUGACCAAAUGCUUCAGCGAUUUGGCUCUCCCAUUAUUAUUUUGAAUCUUGUGAAGGAACGUGAAAAAAGAAAGCAUGAAAGGAUUCUUAGUGAAGAACUUGUUGCUGCUGUGACAUACCUCAACCAGUUUUUACCCCCAGAGCAUGCAAUUAUAUAUAUUCCAUGGGACAUGGCCAAAUAUACAAAAAGCAAACUUUGCAAUGUACUGGACAGACUGAAUGUGAUUGCAGAAAGCGUAGUAAAGAAAACAGGAUUUUUUGUAAAUCGGCCUGAUUCUUACUGCAGUAUCUUGCGGCCAGAUGAAAAGUGGAAUGAAUUGGGAGGUUAUGUUGUUUCCACUGGUCGCUUGCAGACUGGUGUUCUCCGAACCAAUUGUGUGGACUGUUUAGAUCGCACUAACACAGCCCAGUUCAUGGUGGGAAAAUGUGCUUUGGCAUACCAGCUCUAUUCACUGGGGUUGAUUGAUAAACCCAAUUUGCAAUUUGAUACAGAUGCUGUUAGAUUAUUUGAAGAAUUAUAUGAAGAUCAUGGAGACACGCUUUCUCUGCAAUACGGAGGUUCUCAACUUGUCCACAGAGUCAAAACCUAUAGAAAGAUAGCUCCAUGGACCCAGCAUUCCAAAGAUAUUAUGCAAACACUCUCAAGAUAUUAUAGUAAUGCUUUCUCAGAUGCAGACAGGCAAGAUUCCAUUAAUCUGUUCCUGGGAGUAUUCAAGCCUGCAGAAGGAAAACCACACCUCUGGGAACUUCCUACUGAUUUCUAUUUGCACCACAAGAACACUCUCAGUCUGUCGCAGACCAGGCGAAGCUACACUUACUGGUGGACCACAGGUGUGCUAAGGCAUUUACCUCUUCCUUUUGAUGAAGUGACAUGUGCUGAAAACAGACGCAAGUUGGUAGUGAAGAAGUUCCACAAGUGUGAGGAGGAAAUUGAUAUCCACAGUGAAUUUUUUCGGCCAUAUGAGUUGAGCAGUUUCGAUGAGACCUUCUGCUUGGCAAUGACCAAUUCUACACGAGAUUUUAUGCCCAAGAAUGUGGGCAUUGAUCCAAGUCCAUUUACUGUUCGUAAACCUGAUGAAACUGGAAAAUCAGUGUUGGGGAACAAAAGUAAUAGAGAAGAAACUGUGCUGCAGCGCAAAACAGCUGCUAGUGCUCCUCCACCCCCAAGUGAGGAAGCUGUGUCAAGUAGUUCUGAAGAUGAUUCUGGAACAGACAAAGAGGAGGAAGGUGCUGUUUCUCAACGCUCAACUCCAGUAAAGGUGACUGAUACAGGAGAUAAUACAAAAAUCACAGAGAAUGUAGUCCAAUCCACAAAAGAUGUGUAUGGAGUUAAUCUUUCAGAUGUUCCUUCAGAAGAUGAUCUCAGCAUAUACACAAGAUUUGUCCAGCUGGGACAGAGUCAACAUAAACAAGACAAGAGCAGCCAACAGUUUUGCUCAAAACACGAAUUGGAUAGGGUAAUAAAUCUACACCUGAGGAGUCUUGAGAAGUCAAAUGGAAGAUUUUUCUUUCUUUCUUUUCUGAUGGGUUGGCAGUGUGUUCACACAGUUGGCAGUGUGCUUUAACUAAAGAAAAGAGCAUCUUGAACCUUGCAAAGACGUUAUUUCAACUCUGCAUUUUCCUCAGAAUUAUUGCCUUGUUUUUUUGGUAGUCUGUUUUAAUAAUGGUUCUGUGCAUUUGUCGGUGAUACUUGGAGCUGGUGAGGCAUUUUUCCCCCCCCCCUAAACACUGCAUUUGUCACUAUAGAUAAAUUUUACAUCUUCAUGAACUGCUCCAAAGAGGUAAAUAGGUAAUGGUAAGUUGCAAGAGAAAAUCAAGCUUCAGACACUUCUUGUCUAUGAAACACUCCUUGGAUACUUUAAUCCCAAAAGAUCAAUAUGGGCAUCAUCUUCAACAAAGCCAGACAAUCAGGGUAAGAUGGGAGGAGGAUUGCUGUCCUGGAAUAUCCGCCAUGUGGAAUAACUUACAAAUAGAAUAACUGUCCAUUAAUGUGAAAAGUAAUUCUAACCUUCAAGUCGUAAUAGGUGCACCAGUUAAAAAUCUAUGCUGAACUAGGGAAUUUAAAUGUUUGUGAUAAUGGUUUGAUUAUCACUGUGUAAGAAUGGCCAGAUCAUUUGAAUCAUUGCAUUUGAUCUUUUGAAUUUGUGAUACUAAUAUCAAAAAAGGAUCAUGAUAUUAUCCAAAUAUCAUGGUAUUAUGAAAGCAGGUCUUUGGCAUUUGGAUGAUCAACUCCUAACUUCCCAGUUGACAUAUCCCUAUGCUGUAGGCAGCUUAGUUUCACCAGGACUAGUUUUCUGCUUUUAGCUCUGGAUACAGGAUCUCUUACACAACCGCAGAGCCACUCCUUAAAACUGCAGACCAUCCCUGCAAUCCACUGAUUUACAGAAUCCUCAGCUUUAUUGCCGGAGCCUCUAGUCUCUUCCCUCUGUGCUGAAGAAGUGGGGAAACCAUGAAGAUAGCACUCUCACAAGUAGAGUGGAGGUGUCUUCGUGGGCCUCGGGGAGCAGGAUAACACAAAACAGAUUUAGUAUUGUGAUAUACACAAUGCUACCCAAUAUCAGUGCUUAGUUAGUUGGUAUUAUGUAUGUUUAAAAUGAUGAUACCACUGUGCAUUGUUCAGCAUUAAUAAGCAUAUGCUUUGUAGAUGAAUAUGCCUGUAGUUUUAUAAUGAAAUUUGUCUGAUGUGUGUUAAUGUAUUAAGUUGGCAAACUGUAAAAUUACGUUUUUAUACAUGAAGGAACAACUCUGAAUAUUUUCUGGUUUUGAAAAGAAAUCAUUAGUAAGAACUGAUUUUAUAGUAAGAGGAACACUUCUGCUAUUAACAAAGAUUAUUCCUUUUGUGUAAUUGCAAAAUCUCCUGGUAGGUUUUUGACAGUGUCAGAGGUAGCAAUCAUUCCCUUUUUUGCCCCCUUAACAUAGAGUAAAAUAUUCUGCAUGUUACGCUGCUCAAAAUGAAUAUUUUAAAGAGAUUUUAUAUGCACAGUUUUGGUGGCUGUUGGGCAGAGUCAGAGCAUUCUUUUUUCUCCUUUCCCAGGUGUAAUUUCCGUGUGUUUCUAAAUAGUAGAAAUGUAAAAGUCACAGAGCACGCAAAUCUGUGCCUUUUGUCACUCCUUCUCUUGAUAUUGUACAGAUCAUCUUCUCUGCCAGUCCUAACAAACCUGUUGUUCUGUGUACAUCUCAGAGGAAGCAGUGUCUUAUUGUCAGUAGUUUUUGUCAGUAGUCUUUAAAGUAUACCUUUAUAGAGCUUAAAAUUUUUCUCCAUCUUUUGUUCUGCAAUUUUUAAAAAACUUUUUAAUACUGUUUGGGCAGUGACAUUGUUCGAGAAAAGUCAUAAAUAUAGGUAUUGUUUAAAGGCAUGUUGUUCACUUCUGGAACAAAGAAACUUCCUUCCUGUGUA